AUGCCACCGAUCGCCACAGCAGACCUCGCCGAUCCGGCGGCCACCGCCCCGUUCGCAGCAAGCAAAGGGUCGUCGGCUUCGGCGCCGCCGUCAUCCAAGGCUGCGCCCGACGAGGCCGCCGAGCGCUUCGACAACGUCUGGAGAGGCAUGCCCACUCUCCCGCUCGACCCGAUGUUUCACCUCAACCAGCGCUUCGUCGCUGACCAGCAUCCCGACAAGAUCAACCUGGGAAUCGGCGCGUACCGCGGCGAGGACGCUCGACCGUGGCCUCUGCCCAGCCUCCAGGGCGCACUCAGGGCUCUGACGGCGGGCGAAUCGGGCAGCGACGACCCCGCGACGCUGCACGUCAGUCACGAGUAUCUCGGCAUGGAUGGCCUGGUCCCCUUUACACGCGAGGCGGCCAAGCUCCUCUUUGGCCCGGACGAGGCGGCGACGCCGCUGCUCGCGUCGAUGCAGACGACCGGAGGCUCGGGCGCCAACCACUUUGGCGCGUGCCUGAUCCAGCGCUUUUACCGUGGCGCGCGCAACGAGCGGAACCAGGCCAUCGUCUACCUGAGCAACCCGGGCUGGCCCAACCACCGCAAGAUCUUUGAGGCGGCGGGCGCAGAGGUGCGCGAGUACGACUAUUUCACCGACCGGCGCCGUCCGCGGCUCGAGCUGGCAACGAUGCUCGAGCAGCUCGAGGCGGCGCCCGAGCAGAGCGUCGUGGUGCUGCACCCGUGCGGCCACAACCCGACCGGCUGGGACCCUAGCGAGGAGCAGUGGCAGCGCAUCGCCGACGUCAUGCUCCGGCGCCGCCUCUACGCCUUCUUCGACUCGGCCUACCAGGGCUUUGCGAGCGGCCAACUGGAUCGGGACGCGUACGCGGUGCGGCUGUUUGCGCGGCUCGAGGUUCCGAUGCUCGUGUGCCAGAGCUUUUCCAAGAACAUGGGACUGUACGGCCAGCGGCUCGGUUGCAUCCACGUCGCGUGCCACCGCAGCAGCAGCGGCGACGGCGAUGCGGCGGCGUCGGCGACGCGCGACGCCGUCCAGUCGCAGCUGCGUUCCAUCUCGCGCGAAGAGAUUUCGACGCCGCCACGCUUCCCCGCCGACCUGGCGCACCUGGUCCUCACUCGGCCGGAGCUCAAGGAGCAAUGGCACGCGGACAUGGCCACGAUGAGCGCGCGCAUCCGACGUGUCCGCACCGAGCUGGUCCGCCUCCUCACCGAAGAGCUGCGCACGCCCGGCGACUGGACCCACAUUGCGCUGCAGCGGGGCAUGUUUGCCUACCUCCAGCUGAGCCCGGAGCAGUGCGCGCGGCUCGUCGAGGAAGGACACAUCUACCUCACCCCGACGGGUCGCGCCAGCGUGUCGGGUCUCAACGACGCCAACGUGCGCCACCUUGCCGUGUGGAUCGACAGGGUGGUCCGCGAGACGCCCGGCAUCGAUGCCGCCUCGUCCUGA